AUGGCUACUCCGCGACCUUCAGCUCUACCUCUCCCUCUACCUCUCCUGCCUGUACCCCAUUCGCAGACCUCGUCGUCCCAGACUCCGGACCAGGACCACACCCCCCCAGGCCCUUCUCCGACAGGCCACAGUCACGGUCUCGGCCACGACCACAACGGCUCUCCGUCUCCCCAGGCCCAGACCAAAUACAAAAUGGACAACCCGGAGCCGCACCGACCUGAUACCCCAGAAAAGAACGGCAGGUCCUCUUUCUCAUCCAUCCGCGAGAACGACUCCGACUUGGCGCAGACUUUCACCUCCUCAAAGGUCUCUUCCUACGCACAGAAGGCAAACGACGCCGUCGUCUUUGACUCUUCUUCCAACUCUCCUUCCCCUUUGGCCUCCCCGUCCCUAGACAUGGGUGAAGUCCAGUUCCUUCCUCCCGUCACCCACCCCAACAGCAGACUCCAUGGCGGCUGGUAUCCUGCCAACAGCUUCAAGGGCUGGAAGCAGAUCGAUGUCAAGGGCAAGACAGCCAGCCGGAGCUUUAGCGACCUCCAGGCACUGCGCAUGUCCUGGAGCACUCCUCCAGCUUCCCCCAAGGUCAAGGACAAGCAUGUUGGCGGCCGCGCACCCAUGGAGAGGCUUCCUCUCGAGAUCUUAGGAUCCAUCAUCGAGCUCCUAGUCCUCGAUAUCCCCCCGCCAUAUGGCACCGCGCGCCGCAACGUCGAUCUCAUGGCGCUUCUCCUAACCUCCAGGACACUCCAUGCCGCCACGCUCAACACCCUCUACAAGCACAUCACCAUCCCACACUCGAGAAUCUUCCGCAAGUUCUUGUCCAACAUCACAAUGUACCCUGCGCUGGGCACAAUUGUACGGCGCAUGGACUUCAGCCACUUCAACAAUGCGACCCUGUUCGAGUCUGCUAGCGAACGCAAGACCACUAGAAACCUGACGGCCGAGACACUGGUGCAAUCACUGGAAUUGACGCCUCAUCUACAGGAGUUCCUCGCCAUGGAGCACAUUGACGACGAUCUCGACGCGAACGUGUUGCGGAAGCUCUUCUUUGGCAUGCCCAGGCUGCAGGCUCUUGACUUUGCCGGAUGCACCUCGCCGGCUUUCAAGAACUCAUUCACGUCACUGGUGGCCAUGGACUGGCCCGACAUGCUGUCUGUCACGCGACUAUCAUUCCACAAGUGCUUGACACUCCCCUCUACCCUCUUCGAGAAAAUCCUCCCGCGCCUGACCAACAUCACGCACCUGGACCUUGCCCAGACCAAGAUCUCAGACCGCGCGCUGCAGUCCAUUCCGGUCACGGCCAAGAUCACCCACUUGAACAUUGCCAAGUGCACUCUGCUCACAGCGCCUGCCGUUAUCGACUUCCUUGCCAACCACCCGGCGGUCAAGAACCUGGUCUACCUCAGCGUGGCCACCGAUGCUCGGAGCCACCAACUCUUGGAUGUGGAGGAUGUAACACAGCUCAUCCCGGUGCUGCCCAAGACCCUCAGGUCCUUGAGCCUGAAGGGCAGUCGCAUGGACGAUAUCCACAUUGACCUGCUGCGACCGCUGACCAAGUACCUCGAGGAACUGGCUGUCGGGCGCAACAUGGACGUCAAUGCCGCCGGUAAGCUUCUUGAGCCGGCGGACCCCGAGAAGGAGGAGGAGCCCCACACGCUGCGCUACCUCGAUCUUUCGGACCUCUGGGGCAGCGAGCUCGACCUCGUCGACCUCUUCUCGACUCGGAACUCGCUGCUUCGCCCGAGCUCGGCGCCGCUAGAGGUAGUGGAGGUCUCGGAGCAAUCGUUCAAGAGCUUGUCCCGGAACAGAGUCCUCGAGCGUAUCGGCUGGUCCCUGCAGGAGAUCGGAAGCCGAUGCUGGAUGGUGCGACUCCAGGACCACCGCAAGGAUAGCGAUCGCGGUUACCGAUGGUGGAAGAUGGGCGCCGACAACUGGGGCAUGCGCAAGAUCCCGGUCGCGCGCGCCGAAGUCGGGGGCAUGUACGGGUCCUUCAUGUUUGGACGCAAGCUAUGA